GUCCCCUCCUCCGCCUUCCCGUGCCGACCCGAAACCCUCGACGAAGCACCGGCGAAGAAGUGGCGACGGGAGCCUUCGGGGGAACUUCUCCGUCAAUUAAACCCUCGAAGUCAAAUAAUAAGCGAGGAAUUCGCGACCGCGCCAACACAGAAUCCUCGACGAAAAAGCAGGAAAGAAGUCGUGGAAGUACUUUCGCAUUUCUGCUCUUCUAAGUUCCCAAAUCGGCCGAGCUGCAUCAUUUAUUAAAUCCGAGGUUCAAAGAGAAAAGGAGGUAAAUCGGGUUUCAAGAAAACAUAAUGGCGGAUGAGCACAUAAUGGAAGAGGUAUUGGUUGAAGAAAAUAAUGUGAUUUCAGAGAAGGUUCGUGCUUAUACUGAUAACCAACUUGAUCAGAGUGGGAAGAUUGGUGAGGCUGACAUUGGAAAAUAUGUGGCUUCCCAGGUUGUUCCAGCCAAUUGUAUCGUUGAAGGAUCAACAGAUAGUAAAGAAGUGAUCAAUCUGCAUGAUGGUGACGCCAAUUGUGAUGGUAAAAAGGACAAGAAUGAGAUGGAUAUGGAUGAUAAAGUGGUUGUCAUGGAUGGUAGAACUCCUCAAGUGGGAAUGGUGUUCAAAUCAUAUGAAGAAGUUGUUAGCUUUUAUAAGCUAUAUGCUUUGAGAGUGGGCUUUGGUGUUGCAGUAAAGAAGUCAUCUUUUACACCAUAUGGCCUUUGCCGUCGGCUGGUACUCGUCUGCACUAAAGGAGGAAAGGGACGAGAAAACGCUUGCUAUCAAUCCCGUCCCACUGCCAAGACAGACUGCCAGGCCAUGAUUGUUGUGAAGUUAUGGGGUGAUGGGUUGCUACAUUUAAUGGAAGCACAUGUUGAGCACAACCAUCCCACCAAUCCAUCUUCAGCUCGUUUCCUAAAAUGCUACAAGAAGAUGUCUACUAGAAUGUCUAAUAUGAUUGUGAGAACAGGGGGACAUGAGAGUAUAUCAGCUGAUGGCAGGGAAAGCUUGAACUUCAUUGAUGGAGGCAGACUGAAGCUUGAAGAAGGAGAUAAUGAAGUUAUUCAUCAGUUUUUUGCUAGAAUGCAAGCAAAGAAUCCAAAUUUCUUUUACUUGAUGGAUCUUGAUAUUGAAGGUCAUUUGAGGAAUGUUUUCUGGGCUGAUGGUAGGUCCAGGGCUGCAUACCAGCACUUUGGUGAUGUUGUUUCAUUAGAUACCUCCUGCCUAAAAUAUAAAUUUUAUAUUCCUCUUGUUUUAUUCAUUGGAACAAACCAUCAUGGACAGUCAAUAUUACUGGGUUGUGGUUUGGUUGCCGAACCAACAGUGGAGAAUUAUGUAUGGGUAUUGAAAACAUGGCUGACUUGCAUGCAUGGGUCAGCUCCAACUGCUGUAAUAACUGACGAGUCUGAAAUGGUUAAAGAUGCCAUUUCUGAGGCAUUUCCAAAAGCGCGUCAUCGGAUUUGUUUAUGGAGGAUGAUGAAAAGUGUCAAGGAAAAAUUGAAACAGUAUGCGGAAUAUAAAACCAUUAAAAGAGUACUGAACAAAGUAGUAUUUGAUUCAUCCCAAGUUGAUGAAUUUGAAGAAAAUUGGAGUAGAUUGAUCAAGGAAUUUGGACUCAAAGAUGAUGAUUUAUUUAGCUCAUUAUAUAAACUUAAGAGCUUUUGGAUUCCUGCUUUUUUGAAGGACACUUUUUGGGCUGGAAUGUCCAUCACCCACUACAAGGAGAGAAUAAAUUCAUUCUUUGAAGGUUACCUGUAUGUUGAGACAUGUUUAAAGGAAUUUUUAAACGAUUAUGAGGUGGCUCUACAAAGUAAAUAUGAAAUGGAAGCGCAGGCAGAUUAUGAGUCCUUCUACAAUGCUGGUAUAUUUGUGUCAAAAUAUCACAUGGAAGAACAACUUUCAAAAUUAUAUACCUUAAAUAUUUUCAAACUAUUUCAGGAUGAGCUGAAAGGGGGGCUUUAUUGUCAAGUCUCACUAAUCAAGGUUGAUGCCACUAGCUCUACCUAUAAAGUUAGAGACUGUGCUUUUAUCAAUGAAAUUGAAAAGACUGAAAACAAAGACUAUAAUGUGCUAUACAAUAUUGAUGGUUUUCAAGUGCAUUGUUCUUGUGGAUUCUUCCAGUUUAGGGGCAUUUUAUGUAGACAUGCAUUGUCAGUUCUCAAGCUACAGCAGGUUUAUGACAUCCCAGCAAGGCAUCUUGUUGACCGUUGGAGAAAAGAUUUCAAGCAACUCAACUUAAUGUCUCAGAAAUUAAAGGAUGGUUUGAACAGUAGUACAAUGGAGCGCUAUGAUAAUUUAUCAAUGCGUUGUCUCAGCCUUGUAGAUAUUGGAAUAAUGUCUGAUGAGAAGUACCAGCUUACACUGAAAUUAAUUAGGGAAGUAGAGAAGUCCCUUCUAGAUGAUAACUUGUUCCGUGACCUGCAACGGAGACUUCUUCCAUUUGACAAUAGGUUAAGUGAAAGUGAUGAGAAUCAUGCGUCACAUGAAUAUGGCUUAUAUGAGGAGAACAAGAAUUCUCCAUCUUUAUCACUGAAACGAAGAGGUCGACCUCCGAAAAAGGUAAAAGAGGUCAGCCUGGAGAUGUUACCAAACUCAAACAAGAGAAAGGAUACCUUGGGAACAUCGAUGAUAGAUAAUCAGAAUAGCUUGCUUCAAGCUUCUCCGAAUGCUUCACAACUUGCUGCUCAAAUAAGAAUACCUGGUGGUGUCAAUCUGAUGGAGGAAGUCAAUCCAAAUGAAGUACCAUUUGGCGGCCAUUACGGAAUCCACGCUAACCCGCCAGAUAUCAUGGGUAACCAUACCGCUUUGCAAUCCGCCAAUGCAUUACAGAGCCUUGGCAACCAACAAGGGGUGCAAUGGUUCUACCAACCGUUUUUUCAGGAAGAUCAGCCACCUUUUGGGCGGAGGCCCGGAUGAGAAUUGGAACUGCCAGUCUGCCAUUCCUUCUUUACUUUUUUGUAUGCUACACGGCAUUCUUUCUGGUUCUGCGAUACUGGUGAAUAUAAGUCCACCGAUGGUUCAGAUAGCGGCGCAGAUCGAUAGUCACUUCAGGAUCAUCUGUUUGUUCAAAAGGAUGCCGAAAAGAGUCUCUUUCACGAUUGUGGAGCUGCAACCCUUCAGCUUUUUGAUGUUUUACAGCCUAUUUUACAUUUAAACCCCCAUCAAAGAUCAAUUUCAGCUGCAUCCUUCAAGUUGGGAAAACUAAUUAAGAUAGAAUACCCUCCUGCAUACUUGCUGGACUUAUUUCAAUCGAUGAGCGUGGAAAUUUUUUUUUGUUUGUUUGUACAUAAUGUGACAUUCUAGUCUAACUGAAAAUCAUUUCUUCAUUAUUUGAUUCCUGUCUUGUUGUCUAAUAAUUUUUAUUAUUUAAUU